GUCCUGUACUCGGAUACAUGGUUCCAUUCCCUUGACACGUGAUGAUUUCAAGUCCGAUGUCGUUCACAAGCUUUCAGAUUAUCGUAAAAGUUUGAGAUGUCCAACUAGAGUAUUGAUAGAUCUUUCAAUUUUUCUCCAUCGUUUCCAAUAUGCCGAAGAUUGCGAAGAUAGAAUACUUUCGAGUGCCUCCAAGAUGGCUCUUCGUCAAGAUAACGGAUGAUGCGGGGUUGAUUGGUUGGGGAGAAGCGUCCCUGGAAGGUCAUACCCAAGCUGUGGAAGGAUGCUUAGAUGCCUAUAUUGAACGAUAUACUGGUAUGGACGCGGAUAAUAUAGAACAUAUAUGGCAAACGACCUGGAGAAUAGGCUUUUACAGGGGUGGACCUGUAUUUAUGAGCGCUCUCGCUGGUAUUGAUAUUGCAUUAUGGGACAUGAAAGCUCGAAGAAUGGGAGUUCCGAUCUACCAAUUGCUUGGUGGAAAAGUCCGCGACAAGAUCAAAGUUUAUGCUUGGAUCGGUGGAGAUCGACCUGGAGAUGUUGCAAACCAAGCCAAAGCGAGGAAAGCUCAAGGUUUCACUGCAGUCAAGAUGAACGGGACAGAAGAUAUGGGCUGGCUUGACUCUCCUUCAGCAUUGGAUGAUUGCGUAGAAAGACUCAAAGCUGUCAAAGCUCUUGGCAUGGAUGCCGGAAUUGACUUCCACGGACGUGUUCACAAGCCCAUGGCAAAGCAACUUGCAAGAGCUCUAGAGCCUCAUCGUCCUAUGUUCAUUGAAGAACCAUUGUUGUCAGAGCAUGUUGAAGGUAUCAAAGCGCUAUCUCAACAAACAAGUAUACCAAUUGCUCUCGGAGAACGAUUACAUAGUCGAUGGGAUGUUCGUCCGUUCCUCGAAGCUGGAGCCGUGGACAUUUUGCAACCAGAUAUCAGCCACUGCGGAGGUAUUUCAGAAAUGAAACGGAUAGCAGCCAUGGCCGAGACGUAUGAUGUGGCUCUUGCCCCUCAUUGCCCUCUCGGACCAAUUGCAUUAGCAGCGAAUGUCCAAGUUGCGGCAGCUACACCCAAUUUUGUGAUCCAAGAGAUGAGUCUUGGUAUUCACUACAACGUUGGAGGGCAAGACUUGACCAGUUAUACACACAAUCCCGAGGUUUGGAAUGUAGAGAACGGAUACAUCAAGCUCAUGGCAGGUCCGGGACUCGGGAUCGAGAUUGACGAAGAGCAAGUCCGAAGAUUUUCUGAGGGAGCAAAACCAUGGGUGAGCCCUGGAUUCAUAGGACCUGGUGGGGAAGUGAGAGAGUGGUGAACGCGAUUUGCUAUUUGGCUUCACCAAAAGGCUUGAGACAGUUUUUGAUGUUGUGCACUGCACAACUCUAAGCUGUCUCACUAGCUUUGCAUAGAACUUAGAUCAAGAACCAUCUGAUAGAAUAUGACUAGCAUGAUAUGGAUUAUGC